CGUCGUCCGUUCAGUCGGCUGGGCUCAUCCACCGGCCCUCUCCUCCUCAGACUACCCCCACAGCGUCCUCCCUGUUCUCCCACUGCUCCUCGCUUCCUCGGCCCCAGUGUUCCCCGGCAUGGGGACCAGUCUUUCUGGUUCCCCAUGCCUGUGUUUCCCUGACAUCCACCUCUCUCCACUCCCUCUACCUCUUUAUCCCUCAAUAAACCUCCUUCCCUCAGAGUGCUGCUUUUGGGUCCUCUCUGUCCCCACACCACACAACCCUAUAACAGAACGAUCAAGCCAACUAUGGACCCAGCAACCGCCCUUCAGGAGGCAGCCAGUCAGCUGUGCAAGGAGCUGUUGGAGGAAAAGUGGAGGGGCUCGACUCACACGGGCUACAACCUGGCGCUUUUGACCUUUGGCCAGGUAAAGGUUUCUCAGAGGCUGUGGCUGAGACGCCGUCCCAGAGUGGCUGGCCAGAUUUUUCCAUCUCCCCGCUAGCCCCCAGUGUUCUCCUACCCAACCCUCUAGUUGCAGGCUGGGAAGCAUUUCCCUGUGUAGCCAGACCCCUGCCGCCAGCCCCCAGCCUGUUCCCAUGUCUGCGAGCGCUACUAGCACCCUGCCAGACCCUUCUGGUGCCCGGCCUGCCUGUUGUUCCCCGGGUCCGCCCGACACCACGCUUGACCCCUGUUGUCAGUUUGAGGGAACCCGCCCGGCCGUCUUCUCUGGGUUCCGUGGUGGCCAUCACGGCUCCCGCCAACAUGUACCACUCUCCCUAGAUCCCCAGCCCGCUAGCGUCGCAGGCCCCCAGCCUAUUCCCCGGCCUGCUAGCGCCCGCAGCCUAUCCCUCCUGAUCCCCAAACGGCUAGCGCCUCCAGCCUGUCCCCCCGAUCCCCUGCCCCUUAGGGCCGCUAGCCCCCAUGCCUUGUUGGCGGAUCGACCGGCUUCAGCCCCGCCGGUGGUCCGGCCGACCCCUGCUCCUCGCACCAAGGCCCUCAGUCCAGCAGCCUCGUGCUCGACUCCCCCCGCUGCUGUCGCACGCACGGCUCCCCGGUCGCCAUGUUUUGUCGCCAUGCCUCUGGAGAGGUCGUCUCCCCCCAUAGCCCGUCGCUCGGGCCGCCCGCCCAUACUCUCUGGCUCCCCUACUCUGUCGUCGGGCAGCCCCCCUGAACUCCAUGGCUCCCCUGGUCCGCCCGAACCCCCUGGCCUCCCAGCUCUACCCUCUGGCACCCUGUCUAGCCCUAUGUUUUCAGUUCGGCCCUGCCUGUUCCCCUAACCCUUCCCAGUCCUGAAGCCCUCCCUGAAUUCCCUGUUUGGUCCAGGACUUCCUCCCUCUGUUCGUCUGCCAAGCCCCGCCUUGUCCAGUGGGAAGGCUGCCGGGAGGCGUCCAUUGAGGAGGGGGCCCUGUUGUGGUGGCAGCCCAGCUGACGGUGAGUGUCCUGGUUGUUUCUCCUAUUUAUUAGUUAUUCCACUUUUUCCUUGGUUUUCUGUUCCCUGCCUGCCUCCCUGUGUUUUCUCCCGUGUGCUCUCUCUCCCUCUGCUCCUGAGCCCAGCCAACUACCUGCACCUACAUCUCAUCAGCCACCUCGUCAGCCUGCCACACCUGCCAGUAAUCACCUCAUGCCUGCCUGUAUUUCAACCCCGGUUCUCCACACCAUCCUGGCUUGAUCAUCAUUGCUCCAUACCCGGUACCACCUCCGUGUUCAGGCUUUUCAUGUUUCUUGUUUUUUCACAUUUUCCCUGUGCUUUGUCGCCAUCACCUCUAACCCUGUCUCUCUGUCUGUUUCCCUCCCAGGUACACUCACCCUCGUCCUCCGUUCAGUCGGCUGGGCUCAUCCACCGGCCCUCUCCUCCUCAGACUACCCCCACGGCGUCCUCCCUGUUCUCCCACCGCUCCUUGCUUCCUCGGCCACAGUGUUCCCCGGCUCCCUGGCCCCCAGUCUUUCUGGUUCCCCGUGCCUGUUUCCCUGACAUCCACCUCUCUCCUCUCCAGUCCCUCUACCCCUUUAUCCCUCA